AUGCGUCUUACGCCUGCCAGGUUCCUCGCGCUGGUCGCCGUCGCCGCGCAAUCGUCCAGCGUCGCCGCCGGCCCAAUCGAGAAGGGAGCGAACUCCACAGUCUCGGCUGCAUCAGUCGUCUCCACAGCCGCUCUUGUGGAGAACACCGGCAUUGGGGUUGUCCGACCAACUAUCAACUAUAGUCCGGUGCCGACUCCGGCACUAAAUGAAUCGAGCCUGCUGGCCCCCAGCGGCGAUUUUCCCGUCUGCCGUGAUGAGGCGGCGAAACCCUUCUGCCUGCCGGAAAACAACACGGACCUCUACUUCGGCGAGCGCUACUAUGUGACGUGGAAUGCGAAGCUCUUCAAGCCCAACUCUACCAUUCGCCUCCUGCUCAACUGGUCCAACGACACGAGCAGGAACGUGUGGGCAAGCGGGCCUCUCCAGAGCCAGCUCGGUGCUACGGCUGUCGGCAUGCAGCAAGAGUGGCUGCAGGGAUACACAGCUUACAACGUCACCUUGUUCGCGCAGGUCUUGGAUGCUGUCGCGGGGACUAUCUACGACGGUCCGACGGUGCAGCUCAAGGCGAAGCCAUCGACACACGCGCAGCCUCAAGAAUCUACGGAAUCGCGCAAUGGAAUGGCGCUGAAGGUUGGGCUGCCGGUUUGUUUGGUCUUCACAGCCCUUGUCGUCGUUGGACUGGCAUAUGGCAUGCGUAAGCAGAGACGCAGCGGCGUCGGUAACGUCAUGGGCCGCAAAAGAGGCUACGGGACCCGCGUUUCACGGUGGCAGCGCUUGGGUCGGAACAGGGCUGGCAGGAGGGAUGAGCUCUCGCAGGAGCAUGAGUUGCUUGGUUCCGGAGAGUACAAGGAUGAGCAAGGGAAGCAAUCGCGCGAUUCCAGUGUGGACACUGUUAUUACCAGACCGCCGAGGGACAGUCGGCAAUAA